AAUGUUUUUUUUUUUUUUUAAUGAUCAAGUCGUCCUCCCAGCCUAUGUACACUAGUUACAAGGGUCAAACACGACAUAAAGUUGAAGACGGAUUUUUAAAUUUUUGGUUAAACAUUCCUUUAAAGGUGUUUUUCCCAAGUGGUUUCACUUUUGAAUUUGCCCCAUAGCCUACAGGAUGCAAGAUAUGCCUUUAAUUCCAGCGGUUUAAAAUUCCUGUCUUUUGGCUAAUUGCGCAGUCUUACACUUGUAAAUAUUGCUUAGCCUACAUAGCGAGUCUUUAUUUUAUAAUGCGUAGGUAGUCAAGCUCUAAAGUUGGUCCCUAAGAACCUAUAGUGUCAUCUUGUCCUGCCAGAUUUUUUCCCCCCACAGUGAAGCUUCUGCUGCAAACGCUUGUUUCUAGAGUCCAGUCCAGCAUGGGUGUACGGGCACGAGUUCUUCUCUGCUGGCUUCAGGUUGUUUGUGCUGUCGUGUUUGGUGAUGUUUGGAAGGUGAAGGUAGAGUCUGAAAUGGAGGCUCUGGUCUCAUCUUGUGUCGUGUUGCCCUGUUCAUUCAAAUACCCUGCUCAACAACAGCCCUCCAGUCGUAUUAAAGGCAUGUGGCACAUGAAGGACAAAUGGGAGGAUUUCAUCUAUCACAAUGAUCCUACAAGGGUUCUAGACAAUUUCAAGGGUCGUACAAAACUGAUUGGGUCACUGGGUGAUUUAAACUGCUCCUUGGAGAUUGAUGAAGUCAAAAACCAUGACAACGGCCCGUAUUGUUUCAGGGUGGAAUUAGAGACAUCAAAAACAGACAAAUACUCCUUUGUGGAUAACUGUGUGACAAUUAAUAUGAUUGAGCAAGCAUUAAAACCUGAGCUGCAGGCUGAGACGGCUGUGCAAGAGGGUCAACCCACAGUCUUCAAAUGCUCUAUCCGGCACACCUGUCCGUCCCAUCAGCCCACUCUCAGCUGGAGCCACUCUGGAAAAACCAUCAUGAGCUAUAAGGAAAUUGGUCAUGGAAAAUGGGAAGCAGAAUCUCUGCUUACCUUCAUCCCAACAAAAAAGGAUGAUCACAACUCUAUCACAUGCACAGUCAAGUACCACGGGAGUGUCAGGGGUGAAAUGCAAGCCACACAGCCUAUCUUUGUGAAAGAACAAGCAACUCUCAACCACAUCCUCAUACCAACCAUCUCUGGUCUUGGAGCUGCUCUUUUGGUUGGAUUACUGUGUUUCUUAGUUGUCAAGAGAUACAAGAAGCGCAUUGCAGAUCUUCAAUCCAGAAACGACAAUGGAAUAUGGAGUCGACUAUCAAGAAUGUCUCGCAGGUUUCGUUCAGAUGAAAGCAGCGGUGGUCCAGGUGGCAGAGAGCAGAGGAGGUCUAUUUGGAGUAGAUUUUCAAGGAGAGGUCAAGGGCAUCAGAUUGACAGGAAUUUUGACAAUAGGGCAAACAACGUAUGUACGGUGUCAGGAAACAAGCCUUUCGACAAACCUCGUAUGCCAUCACCAAAGAGUAAGGCCAAAUGCUACUCUGGUGAUGAUUGUGAUGAUGAUUACACCAACACGGCAGACCUCAACUUAUAUGGAAAUAUCUGAUGAAAAUGCCAGUAGAUUUCACAUCAAGAUCUUCAGGCAGUAAUCCUGCCUACAAUCCUACAGGCAAAUUUUUUUUUUUUUUUUUUACAUAAUUUUUCACUAUUUUUGAAGUAACACAUUAAAUGUGAAAGUACCAUAUUAUGCAAUCAUUUCAGACAUUUUUUCCUUACACAGAACCUUUUUGGCAUAAAGGGUUCUUUAAAAUUGAGUCAAGGACCAAAGGGUUCUACGUAGAACUCCAUUGAACAUUCUUCUAAGAGUGUACAUUUUACACUCUAGAUAUAUAUAUAUGUAUAAAAAAAUUAUUGUAUAAUUAAUGUACAUAAUAGUCAUAUAUAGCAGUGGCGAGCGGUGACUUUUAAACCCUGGGUGGCGUGUUAUGUCAAAAAUGCAGCUGGAGCAGAUCAUAGACUGUAAAAAAAGAUGGACGACGCACCUUCACAGUGUGCCAAUAUGGCGCUGACAUCUUGCAGAAUCAGUUAAUAAAGCAGAACAACUCAAUAUGUCAUUGUGAAAUAAACAGUUCUGGAAAUGUAGAAUUUAAAGUUAAAGCUCCAAUCUCCUCCCGAAGAUCGAGAACAAAAAGUCCUUUGGUGCUUCAGUGACAACUUCGCUCCGAGAAGCUGUCAAUCACAGCUGUCAAUCAUGACAUCAAAACCCGUGUUUUUAUGGCAUCAAAUAACUAACUAAAAACAAACUUAUUUAAAGAACAAACGUUUUAACUAACAUCAGCGUGAUAAAAAUUGUCUAAAAUGACAGAAAUGAUCUUUGGAAAAAAAAUAUUUUGACGUGUAAUUUGACUGUUUAGUUUGUCUCGCGUUCCAUUACAUUACAUGGAGAGGGCAGGGUUUAUGACCGAUCCAGACGCUUUGGCUUAUCUUUUUAGGACUCGUGUGGCACCCUUGGUACAGAUACAUUUGAUCGACAGAAUGUUAUAGCUGCUCAGUUGCUUACUCUCAUUACACAUAGCAACACAGCUGAAAGUAUUCCUUGUUUGACCUUUAGAAAGUAGCCUACAUUUACCUCUUGAUGCCUUCACAAGCACCCGUAAAAGCUGUUGUUUUUGGUUUGAGUCAGGCGAGAUGCGCGAAACGGCCGUUUGCAAAAUAUGCUGUAUUUUUGUAAUUCUACUAGGUGGCACUAAUGUCACAGAAACUGCUUCACCUACGGUACGGUGCAUCGGCUGAAGACACACAUCUAAAUCAGAGAUGACAAAUGAACACCAUGGCAUGCAUCAAUUUAAAUGCAUGCCAGAAGUGUUUUUUUUUUUUUUAAUUAAGAAUUAAAAUAAGUUGGCCUAUAAUAUAAUAAUUAUUAGUAGCCUAUUCAGUUAUGACUUUUUUCACUUGAUUUAGUUGAGUUUGUUUUGUCUCAAAUACAAUGUGAUUUUCAUUUGAUCGAUCUGGAAGCAGCAGCACAUUUUUCCUCUUGGGCGAGCAAUCCGCUUGCAACUUUUCCAGUGCACUGAAUCCCCCAUAGGCCAACAAACAUUGAGAACGCGGAACAAUGAUGACGAUACAUAACAACAGAGUAAAGGCGCAAAAGCUGCUGUAGAUCCGCUUACCCAGAAGCCUCUGUAACUGGCAGAUUUAAAGAAACUUACCGUUGUUUGAAAGAAAAAAAUACUAUGAAAAAGUAUUUUAAAAAAGUAUUUUCCAACAUUUUAUCAUGUAGGCUUUAUGGUAUACCUCAAACAGAGGAAUUUAUAGUAAUUUAUAGUAAUUUUUUGUGUUAAUGUUAAUCAGUGAGUCCACAAAUGGCUUGGGUAUGCAGAGCAUUCGCAGCUUAUAUGGACCGCACGCUACUGAUAUAUAGUACUAAAAUACUUUUUAAUGUGUGAGAGACAAUGAAACAUUUAGCUGAACUUUCUGUUUUGAAUCUUUAGAUGGCACAGGCUGACAGGUCCUUAACUCAAUCUGCUUGCAAUCACAUUGUUAUCUUUAAGGCACAGCUGAUUGGUUCCUGCUAUAUCAGUAGCCAAUGAGCUCACUGCUCAACCUUCAAAUACUUGGUCAGCAUUUGCUGUAGCAGUUGCAGUGCGCUUUUCAGAAACCCUCAGUAUCCCCUGCUCCUCCUGUAUAAAUCUGCUAUGGGUAAUUCAUGUAAGCUAUUUUGUACAGCAGUAGCAUGUCUUACUUGCUCACAGCAGCAUGUCAUGUAUGUAUUGGCAAUAGUAAGUCCCGUACUUGCUCUGCAACGGCAGCAGCAGCAGCAUCAGUAACCAAUAGCAACAAUAACAGAAACAGCAGUGUAGCAGAUCUUUUCUGCCAAGACCAAACAUAACAUUUUCAAACACUCAGAGAGUUGACAUGACAGAACUGUAUUUGUAUUUUCAUUUUUGGGAAAUAAUUUGCAGACCCCAUGCAACUUCCCAUUGACACUGUUUUAGAGACAAGCUGUUUUGUGUGUUUAUUUCAGUUUUUUAUGACCAAAAAAUACUCAAAUGUAAAAUAGCAUCUUGAUGUUUAAUUUGUACCAGCUUAAAUGUUUAAUAAAAUGCACUGCAAUACA